CUUCCGGUGGGCGGCUCCUUCCGGUGGCAGCCCGGGUAGAGGACGGUCGCCAGGUCGUCGGGGUUGGGAGGCCGGAGAAAAGGAUGUUGGCUUCCAGGGUGUUCAGCCUCGUGGGGAAGAGAUCCCUGUCCACCUCCCUCUGCCUGAGAGCCCACGGACAUGCUGGAGUGGUCAAAGCUGAGGAUUUCAGCCUCCCUGCCUACGUGGACAGGAGGGAUGUCCCCCUGCCUGAGGUGGCCUUUGUCAGGGACCUCUCUGCUCAGCAGAAAGCCCUGAAGGAGAAGGAGAAAGCCUCCUGGACUGCUCUCUCUGUGGAUGAGAAGGUGGAAUUGUACAGGAUCAAGUUCAACGAGAGUUAUGCAGAGAUGAAGAAAGGGACAAAUGAGUGGAAAACAAUCCUGGGGGGAGUCCUCUUCUUCCUGGGGGUCACCGGGGUCAUCCUCAUCUGGCAGAAACAUUUCAUGUAUGGCCCCAUCCCUCACACCUUCUCUGAGGAGUGGAUCUCAGCUCAGACCCAGAGGAUGCUGGACAUGAGGAUCAAUCCCGUGGAGGGAAUCUCUUCCCAGUGGGAUUUUGAGAAGAAGGAGUGGAAGAAGUGAGAGCAGCUCAGGGGAAAAGGGAAGGAGAGGGGGGUUGGUCCCUGCUCUGCUCCUGGGGGAACUGAUUCCCUCUGCCCCCCCCUCACCUCCCUGCUCCUGGAACCACUUCUCCAGCUGCCAAUAAAGCUCUUGGGCAACUCCA